GAGUUGACUUAAGGCGUAGUAAUGUUUAUUUGAUAGGCUAAACCUUUGUUCAAAUUUCAGUAGCGGAAGAAGGCUUUUGAGGCAACCUUGUAAGAUGCUUACCUGCACGACAUUUUUGUUCAUUCAAUUCGCUUUUGUGGCAUCACACUAUGCGGAUUUCCCGAAUACACACUUAGCUGAUGGAAAACGAUGUCUGCUACCAGUAAUGCUGUCUAGAUAGGCAGGUCACUAUAGGGUUUGAGAGAGGCUAGUCGGAGGAGAGUCACGACUCCAAUGAGUCCAGCCGAAGACACGAGGACACUGAAUUCAUCUUUACUGUAGGUCACAUAGGUCAUCGUCUGAACUUGCUGUGAUCUUCCGUGUGCACCUGUCACCUCCCCAUUGCAUUGCUCCUCAAAACACAACUCCUGCCAGUGGCGCGGCAAGCACCUCACCUUUGCUCUCUUCUCAUCCUUCCGUCCCUUCUUUGUUCUGCCGCUCCGUACCGGGGACGCCUUUUUGCCAUCUGGUCUUAAGAAAAGGAGCUAUGAUCAUGCCAGAUAUCAUCGUCUCCAUCUCUUACUUCACCUGAGGAUAAUCAUCUUCAUCCCUCCCUACUCGCCGUAAGCGCUCUGACCAAUGAGAUGGGAGACUGGGUGUGUCUGAGCCCAGCCGAGUUCACGCAGCUGCAGCAGUACAGUGAGUAUUCAUCCAAGAAGCUUAAAGACGUGCUGGAGGAGUUUCAUGGAAAUGGUGUCCUCUCCAAGUACAACCCUGAGCAGAAGCAAGAUGUUCUUAACCAACCCAUCGACUACGAGGGCUUCCAGCUUUUUAUGACUACCUAUCUGGAGAAUGACAUCCCUGAGGAACUGUGCAAACACCUCUUCACCUCAUUCAAGAGCAAGACAGGAGGAGGAAACUCCCCGGACCCUUCUCGAUCUGGAGCGGGCAUGCUGGGUAUAAAUGGGAAGAGCGUUUUGAGUGCCAUGGGACGACACACUCCAGAACACUCGACAGGGAUCACUCCAAGCUCAGGGGCCACCACAUCUCCCUGCUCAUCCCGCACCUCCUCUCAGCGUUCGGGCACAGGAGGCCACACUCCCAGAGGCCCCAACAGGUCGCCCGGCACGCAGCCCAAACACCCAGCAGGCAGCAGUAGUAGUAACGCUUUGGCACUCUCCAAGAACACCAACUCCCCCCGCCUCUCCCCAGAGCGAAGUCAGUCGGAAAAGUGCACGUCUCUCCGGAGGAGUCCAUCUCCACAGAAGGGCUCUCCACUGCCCUCGCCUCAAGUGGUCUUCCUAAAAGACAUUGUGUGUUACCUAUCCCUGCUGGAAAGGGGGACGCCAGAAGACAAACUCGAGUUUAUGUUUCGGCUGUACGACACAGAUGGAAACGGUCUGUUGGACAGUUCGGAACUGGACCGCAUAAUAAAUCAGAUGGUCCAUGUAGCCGAAUAUCUUGAAUGGGAUUCUACAGAACUACAGCCGAUUCUUAAGGAGAUGAUGGAGGAGAUCGACUAUGAUCAUGAUGGGACGGUCACACUGGAGGAGUGGAUCAGAGGGGGAAUGACAACCAUACCCCUGUUAGUACUGCUGGGAAUGGAGACGAAUGUCCAGGAAGACGGGCAGCACGUUUGGAGACUGAAGCAUUUUAACAAGCCAGCCUACUGUAAUUACUGUCACACUAUGUUGUUAGGAGUGAGAAAACAGGGCCUUUGCUGCGCACUAUGCAAGUACACAGUCCAUGAGCGCUGUGUGUCCAAAGACAUCGCUGCUUGCAUUAGCACCUACGCCAAGUCCCGCAGACACACCAACGCUAUGCAGCACGUUUGGAUGGAGGGAAACUCUCCAACAAAAUGUGACAAAUGUCACCGCAGUAUUAAGUGCUAUCAAGGUCUAACAGGCCUUCACUGUGUUUGGUGUCAAAUCACUCUUCAUAACAAGUGUGCGUCCAAUGUGAAGCCGGAGUGUGACGGUGGGCCGUUGAAAGAUCACACACUCCUGCCUUCAUACAUCUGUCCUGUUGUUCUGGACCGACAUUCUGCUGUAAAAAAAAGUGAAGGAGAGUCAUCGCCCAAUACCAGCCCUGAAGAUACCAAUCAGUGUUUCAAGUUUACCGGCGAUGGUCAAGCAUUGCAGAUCACCCCUCUGCCAGGAACACACCCUCUCCUUGUGCUGGUCAACCCCAGGAGUGGCGGUCGGCAGGGCGAGAGGGUGUUGCGAAAGUUCCAGUACCUGCUCAACCCCAGACAGGUGUACAGUCUGGAUUGUGGAGGACCCACAACAGGGCUCAACUUUUUUCGGGAUGUGCCUGAUUUCCGCGUGCUGGCGUGUGGUGGUGAUGGAACAGUGGGCUGGAUUUUGGACUGUAUAGACAAGGCCAAUUUUGCUCGGCAUCCACCUGUUGCAAUCCUGCCGCUGGGUACUGGGAACGACCUUGCUCGCUGUCUGCGCUGGGGCGGAGGCUAUGAAGGAGGAAAUCUGGUGAAGUUCCUCAGGGAUAUUGAGCACAGCACCGAGGUGAUGCUCGACCGCUGGAACAUCGACAUCGUUCCCGACGAUAAGGAGGAGAAGGGUGACCCUGUGCCCUACAGCAUAGUCAACAACUAUUUCUCCAUCGGAGUGGACGCAUCCAUCGCGCAUCGCUUUCACUUGAUGAGAGAGAAACAUCCUGAGAAGUUUAACAGCAGGAUGAAAAACAAGUUGUGGUACUUCGAAUUUGGGACUACAGAAACUAUCUCAGCCACUUGUAAAAAGCUAAACGAAGGCAUUGAAGUGGAGUGUGAUGGCAUCAUUUUGGACCUCAGCAGCACGUCCCUGGAGGGCAUUGCCGUGCUUAACAUUCCCAGCAUGCACGGGGGCUCCAACCUGUGGGGCGAAACCAAGAAAAGACGGAAUUACAAUCGAAUGAGUAAAAAAGUACCUGAAAGAAUGACUGGCAGCACAGUGACGGAUGCGAAGGAGCUCAAGUUUUGCGUGCAAGAUUUGAGUGACCAGCUGCUGGAGGUUGUAGGUUUGGAGGGAGCCAUCGAGAUGGGUCAGAUCUACACAGGUCUCAAGAGUGCAGGUCGGCGCCUUGCACAGUGUUCAAAUGUCACCAUCAGGACGUCCCGACUGCUGCCCAUGCAGAUUGACGGAGAGCCGUGGAUGCAGCCUCCGUGCACGAUACGGAUCACACAUAAGAACCAGGUGCCCAUGCUGCUGGGGGCACCGCAGAAAACGCCCUUCUUCUUUUUCAAGAAGCGUAACAGAAGUCGCGACUAGACGUGAGACUGCAAACAUCAGCCACCCUUCUACAAUUAUACAAACACACGCAAACAUCUCCUCUCCUCAGCCUCUUCUUCGUGUUUGGGUGUUGGCGACCCAAAGAAUAAAGGCUGAGUGCAGACACUGAAACACUUUAAAACAUUGACAAUAAGAAAACACACUGUAAUGGGCCUUUUAUGGGCAAUGGACUCCAUCUACCAACGUAGCCUGAACCAUUUGAACAGAGUGUAAUGACCACUUCCUGUGUCGUACCAUACAGAGAAAGUUAUACCGCAGUCUUGCAAGCUGUGACCUGUAAGCUAUGACUCGAUUCCAGCAAAAUUCCUCCCUACCAGUAGGCCACUGCCUUGGGAUCACACCACACUGUGUGCUUUCCCUUUUCUUGGGAAGGCUCAUCAGAAGAUACUGCCGGUUUUCAAGAGAAAUAAAGUGAGAGAGGAUAAAGAGAAUAGAAAUGUAGGGGACUAAGAAAGAAAUACCAAUAAAUGUGGUCUUGAUCUACCACAAAGCACCACUAAA